UGCGGUGAUAAAACUGCCAGUAGUCUAAUGGUUUAUGUUAUUAUUAAGCUUUCUAGGUAUAUAUCACCGAAAGAGCAGUUGUAAAAGAAAUCUACAAGAGUUACCACGACCGGUGCUUCCCGUCGUUACUAACAGAGGUAGGGACCGCUGGCUAAGAAUGAGCGGCACCAACUGUCAGGUGCAAGACUUAGAAAAGGACUUGAAUCAAUUUAUUGUGGAGUAACUUAGACGUAUUUGUGACAAUGACGGAUAGCGGCAGUCGCGACGGCUCUGAAACAGAAACAAAGCAGCUCCAGGCUAACGCUACGACGGAGUACUGCUCAAAGUUGCAGCAGUGGAUGUGGGAGUAUUACUGGGGAUAUGCUAGCUGGCAGAGCUGGGCGGCUCUGUCAGCCUUCCCCUUGCUACCGCCGAGCUCUGCCGCUCAGACACCGGCUGCUCAUUCUUUCAUUCCCGCUAGCGGACAGCAAGCGUUUGAGCCCGGGAACUGGUUCGGCUACCCGUACGCUUUCAGACACCCGGGGUCCUCGAUUCCUUACCCGGGUGGUCUGCAGGCGGAGCAGCGCGCAGUCGCGACCGAUGUGCGGCAGCAGAACGGAAGUCCACCGCAGGCAGGACGAGAGUACACCAUCCCCUCCCCUCUGCAGAGGUUACUGGCAGAGACGGUGGAUUUCUUCAUCCUGUUUUGUGUGAAGGCCACCAUCGUCUUAUGGAUCAUGCAUCUCUUCGGAAUGAAGGACAUUGCCAAGUUUAUCACCCACUUCAUCAUUGAGGAGAUCGAUGAGAACACGUCCAUCGAGGACCUGCAGAAAAUGAUGGCGGUCGCUUUGGUUUACAGAGUCUUUGUCUGCGUUUAUGAGACAAUCUGCAUUUGGGGCGCCGGAGGUGCGACUCCAGGGAAGUUUCUGCUCGGUCUGCGGGUGGUGACCUGCGACACGUCCACCAUGGUACGACCCAACCGCAUUUUUGUGGUUCCAGCAUCUAAUGUUUCUCUGUCGGCCUCCACUGUGCGAGCGUUGAACAAGAACUUCUCCAUCGCUUUUCUCUUUCCUGUCUUCAUCACGCUCCUCUUCUUCCAGCACAACAGGACAGUUUACGACAUUGUGGCCGGCACCAUAGUGGUCCAACGCAGAGGGGCCUAAAAAGUGGCCCCCUUCUCCCAACCUUUUGUUUCACUGACUCGGCCACUGCUGCAUGUCAAAGAGUGAUUGUUCUGUUUUUCCAUCAGGAUCCACCUAAUUUAUUCUACAUUAAAAUUUUAUUGCACUGAAAAGAAUAAUGGGUCAUAACAUCCCUACACGGACGUUGGGCUACAUUUUGAAAGGACAUGAAUACAGAUACGGUAGUAGAAUAUUAAGUUAAAUGAAAUGAAUGGUGUGUGAGGAUUUCAGUUUUCUUAUUAAAAAAAAAAAGUCUCUUUGCCUCUUUAAGGCAGAAAUAUAUGCAAAGUCAACCUUUUUUAUAUUUAUUUAAAAUCUGUUUUCAAAUACCUACAUAUGAUAUGGAUAUGGUCUUUUUGUAGAUGUUGUGGUAUUAGUGCCAAACAAUUUACUUUUGCCUAACCCUAAAUAUGCAACUUUCAGGUCAAAAUUGAAGAUGUAUUGUUUGAUCAAGCUAUUUUAUGCUUUAUGAAUAAUAAAAAAAGGCAGCAUUGAAAACAUUUAAAAAUAUGCUUAAGUAAAAUAUAAGAUACAUCAGCAGGACUGAUGUGGGAAUAGGCCAAUCUAAUAUUUUAUGUCUCCAGAAUUGGUAGCAAAGCUGCUGUCUGCUCAUGAGCCCAAAGUUGUUCAUGCAGACCAAAAUGUAAAAUAUAUGCACACAAAACGUAAUAUAUAGCACGUACUUUUGGUUUCUUGAUUCAAAAAAGAAAAUUGUCUUGGGCAACUGUUUGGAUGGCCUCUGAAGUAUUACGAUUGCGUUGUAAAUUAAGAAAGGGUUGCAGUAAAGCGAUGUUGCAUAAUCUGUCAGUAUGUAGGUUUUUUUCUUUAUCUUUUGAGUUAGGAGAGAAUUUAGUUACGCAUUUGUUUUUUUUUAAAGCUAAAAUCUUUUAAGUCCAAUUUACCAUGUUGUUUCUUUAGUAACUGUGGUCAUAUCUAUAACAUCAGUUUGGUUAGAUUUUUCAAAUGUCCAUUUAUUGUGCCUAUGGAUGAUUUGAACUGCUUUGAUUUAUUGAGUUUGAAAGUUUCUAUGUCAUAUUAUGCAUAGUUUGUAAGUUACAAAAAAGACAUUUUGUGACUCAGGGCAACUUGUUAGCAUUGACAAUAUUUUACUUAAUAUUAAAUGUCAUUUCUGUAUAUGACUAAUAUGAGAACAUUCUGGUAUUAAAGUACUAAGCAGUAAAUGGAUUUAAUCCAUGCAAGAAGUAUAUUUGUGUUUGCAUUGUCCCACCAAUGAAUGUCUUUACCUGGACUUACCCUACAAUCACACUAAAAUGUAAGCAAUGCAAGAUUUUUGAUUAAAAUAAUCCACAUAAAUUAACUGUUUUUAAGAAAAAUCUGGUCACAUAUGUUAAGUACUAGUGUUUAAAUGAUUUUCCUGUUUCUUCUCUUGUGUUUGUCAUUAUUAACUGCCUGGCCAAAAACAAACAGUUCAAACACUAAUAUUUUGUUGGGUUGCCUGAUUACGGCAUGCAUGUGUUGUAGCACUAUUUUGAUGACCUUGAGCAAUGUCAUGACAUUUAUUCCCAUUUGCAUUAUUGUUUCACCAAGAUCUUGUAUUGAUCUUGGUGAAAUAAUAAUCUUGUAUUGAUUAUGAGAGUCCAUUGAGUUCUCUCACCGUUAAACUCUACUCUGUGUUUUUUGUUCUGCAGUUUGAUUUCACCAAACAUUUAAAUGAUCGCUGAUCAUUCGAUGACGAUGGUCUUCCAAUUUCUAAUAAUGUGUUGGACAGUUGUGCGAUCUUCUUAGUUUUCUCUGCUUGAUGCCAAUGAUGUGACUCUUAAACAAAUAACAUCUUUUCCAUGACCACAGGAUGUGUCAUUAGGCUUGGUUGUUUAAGAAAUGAGAAACUACGUUUUCAGCAGUUGGGGUUAAUUAACUUGUUGCCAGCUGGAAAAUGAGAGCCACCGCUGUAAUUAUCCAAUAGCUGGCUUGUAGUGGUUUGCUUAAUGAAAUUCAGAUGGUGACUAGUUUUUUUUUGGUUGUGUAUUUUCUUUUUUACCCAGCCCUAAUGUCAAUGUCUGGAUAAUAGUCAAUUAAGAAUGAUUUUAUACUGAGCAAACCACAUAACAAGGAACAUAGUUGUUCAUGGCAUUGUAUUUCAUGUAUAUUUAGAGCUAUAAAUUUGUUUUAUAAGUUCUUGGUGAAGAGUCAGUGACCGUUUUUAGAUAUAAAAGAAAACCGUUAAAAGAUGUGCCGUCUUUUCCCUGCUUUCGCACGUUUAUAGCCUCACCACAUGGGGGCAGCAGAGGUCAGAACAGGCCAGACUCGGCGAACUACACCUACGAAAAAAAAAGUAAAAUGUCCAUUUGUGAAUUCAUAUAUUGGGGCAGUGUUAGCAAUGCCGCACUUGAGACUGAAAAAUGUAACCUUAUGGCCUUUUUUUCAACUGAACCAACAAUUUCUACUGCAUGUUUGCUGUUGACUCCCAGUUGUAGACUUUCCUUUUCAACAAAGUUUUAUUGAUCCCAAAGGGAAAUUAAAUGUUCUUAUUAAUAA